AUGAAAAAUUAUACAGUAACAACAUUCAUACUGAUGGGAUUGACAGAUGACCCUCAGCUGCAAGUUCCAAUUUUCAUCUUUCUGCUCCUCACCUACCUGCUGAGUGCAACUGGGAACCUGACCAUCAUCACACUUACUUUUGUGGAUCCCCAUCUCAAAACACCCAUGUACUUUUUCUUAAAAAAUUUCUCCUUUUUGGAGCUCUCAUUUACGUCUGCUUGUAUUCCCAGAUACUUGUACAGUAUAGCAACAGAUGACAGGGUCAUUACUUAUAAUGCUUGUGCCGUUCAAGUGUUUUUCACUGACCUAUUCGCAAUAACAGAAUUUUUCCUGCUGGCCGCCAUGUCCUAUGACCGCUAUGUGGCCAUCUGCAAACCCCUGCACUAUGUGACCAUCAUGAGCAGCAGAGUCUGCAGCAGGCUUGUAUUUUGCUGUUGGCUGGCUGGAUUGUUGAUCAUAACCCCCCCACUUAGUCUGGGGCUAAAUCUAGUAUUUUGUGACUCUAAUGUCAUUGAUCACUUUCUCUGUGAUGCUUCUCCGAUGAUAAAGAUAUCAUGCUCAGACACAUGGCUAAUCGAACAAACAGUUCUGAUCUCUGCUGUGCUGACCCUUAUCUUGACUCUGAUGUGUGUAGUUCUGUCGUACACUUACAUUCUCAAGACAAUUUUAGGAUUUCCAUCUGCACAGCAAAGAACAAAAGCUUUUUCCACCUGUUCCUCCCACAUGAUUGUGGUGUCCAUCACCUAUGGCACAUGCAUGUUCAUCUAUAUGAAUCCUACAGCAAAGGAGGAGGUGACCAUUAACAAGGUAGUUUCUCUGCUCAUUUCUUCCAUCUCUCCUAUGUUGAAUCCAUUUAUUUACACACUGAGAAAUAAGCAGGUAAAAAAAGCCUUUGAUGACUCAAUCAAGAAAAUUGCAUUACUCUUAAAGAAGUGGAGCAAAAUUGGAAAUUAA